AGUUCCAACAAAUGGGGCUCCUGUUCCAGCAGCUCGGUCUUCAGAACCAGCAGCUCAUGGACCAUCAGGUCCAGUUUUACCAGCAGUAUUCGGCCCACCAGGCCGAGUACCAGUCCAGGCUGACGGUUGUCGACGAGCGCCUCGACCGGAUGGAGGCCCAGAUGGGAGUCACUGGUGCUCUCAUCGAGCGGGAGCGGGAUCGUGGCCGCCGAUUGAUGGAGUACUCGGAGCACCUGCUCCAGACUUGUCAUCCACCGGAGGAGCACCACUGGACCACCCGAUGGGAUCACUCGCCACCGCGACCACCAUCACCAUCACCACCACCAGAGGGGGGCGACGAUCUCAUGGCCCAGAUUGACUUCACCGAGCUCGAGUAGGCUGUGCUCGUAGCCCAUUUUGUGUUGUUUCCCUUCUGUCAGAAUGCGAACUGUCUUGUGUGUUGGUUUAUUUUCUUUUCUUUCUUUCGAUUUUGGAUGAUAUACUAUUGGGCUGACCAUUGGAACUAACGUACUGUGUUUGAGUUCUGUUGUUCCCUUUAGCUGUGUUGUGUCCCUGACUGGUCCUUCUCCAGUCCGCUUCACUCAACCUGGUCCCUUUCCAGUCUCAUGCAGUCCGUGCAUACCGGUAACAUCGUUCCCCUUAUCUUUCCCUCUUCUCCAUUGAGGGCAAUAUCGAUCUUAAGUGUGGGGGAGAUGUUUCUCUUUUGACUGCGUUAGAUCUGUUUGUGUGCUUGGAGCCUAGUCCACUGUCCAAAUCUCGAGAUUUGAGGGCUCCAAGCACUGUUGUCUGCUUGAUGUUUGAUCGUAUUGGCAAUGUGGAUGUGAUUAGUGAAUUGAAUGGCUUUUGACUUAAUGCAUGACAACUUGAGUGUGACUAAGACAGCUUAUUAUGAUGACUGAGAUGUGCAGUAGAACUGUGUAGGGGUUCAGUUUUUCAACUGUUUGCUUACCAACUGUGACUUGGAUUGAUCACUUGCUUUUGACAGUCAUUUAUGCAUCUAGGUCAGGGAAUCAGAACGAGAGAUAGAGCAUAUAGGUAGCUGACACGCCAAAACACAACACCAAUCUGCGACCAAGUGUAAUCGCAAACCGGGAAUGCAGUAACAGGCAAGUUAUAUUAUCAACCCGGGCUCUAGAUCUACUGCUUACUCAGUGAUUCUCUGUUAUCUAGCCAACUAGAGUAAGUGAUUGUUGUUUAAACUAAAAGCAGAAAUAAAGCAGGAAAUUAAUCGGUUUUCUUAAGCAGGAAAGAGUCACUCGGGAAUGAAUCCCCCUAGCUCUUUAGUUAGGUUUCAAUUGCAAUUUACCCUGGGUUGAUUUACUGUUGAUUAGACUGCGGAAGAUCCGGCAGUAGCUUGGAAUCUCUUAAGCUGACCAAGCCCUCUCAGUCUAACUACCCGGCAGACGACUAGUCUUCACCGGGAUAGAAAGCUGAAGCAGUAAGAACAGAAGUUCACUACUGGAAUUAGAUUCCAGUACAAAGCAGUAAAUUGAUUGACUCUCGCACAACCAAUUCACCACUAUCAAUCAAGGAAGCUCUCUUAACCUAAUCAGAUUCUAUCUAUCAUAGGUUAAAGCAGAAAUCAAGAAAAUUUGAUCAAGAUUCAAUUGACUCAAUAAAUCAUGUCUCAAUCGAUUAAAAUCAAACAGUAAUAUCAUCCCAAGUCAUUACAAUCAAUCCCUAACACAUAGAACUAGGGUUCUUCAUCCCCAAGUGAGAGAGAGGUUCUACUCCAUAGAGAGAGAAAAGAAAACAGUAAUCGGAGUAGUCAUACUCAUAAUGAUGAGGAAGAUCUGCUCCAGGAUGAUGAUUUCCACUCCUAGGACGAUCUCCAAGCUUGAAUUGAUGAAAUCCAGCUCCAAGAUGGCUUCUAGGGUGAGUUCUUCGCACUUUCUCUCUCUAGGGCUCUGUUUUUGCUCAAGAAAAUCGAUCUCCCUCCUUUUUGCUCGGAAUAGGCUCUAAAACCAGAUUUCCCGACUCGCACGGCCAGGGUGCACGGCCGUGCAUAUCACCAUUCUGGCCGUGCAACUCAAAACACAGCGUGUCAUUUAGUCGAACUUCAGCCCUCUCGCACGGCCAGGGUGCACGGCCGUGCGAGUUUCAGGGGUUGCCCGUGCGUGUCCUCGGCAUAAGGCGCACGGCCAUAUUGCUCACGUGCACGGCCGUGCAGCCUCCCUGGUCUGCCCGUGCAGCUCCCCAAAAACCUCGCCAUUCGUCCGUUCUUCGUCCAAUCGACCCCAGACUCGCUCCUAAGCCUUCAUUCACGUACUAGGACCCGAAACAUCACAAACAAGCACAACCUAGCGUGAAAUCGGCCUAAAACACGAGAAUCAACACCUCAAACGGUG